UCCAGCACUAUAUCACGACCACCUGUACUUUUCAUGAAUUGGACCGCUACACCGCUCGGCGCUCUACCUGUCACCUGAUUCUGACGGCGACUUAGCGGUAGCCGCACUGGUCUUCACUGUUGGAGCGAAUAUAUUGGUUCUUCAGUGACCGACGAUGGCACUCCUACUCACACUUCCAAUCUAUACGGGGAUGAUGUUCGGUGGCUUCCUGUUACCUACUGUUCGGCGUCGUACCUUGCUCAUGCUAUUUUCACAGGAACUAGUAGAACCCCUUGCUGACGGCAAUCGUGCGCUGCUUGUAUUCAUCACAGCUGGGAAAGCUCAGCGCUCAACAGGCGUCUGCAAAUGUAUCCUCACCUAUUCAGAAUACCUGCCGCCUCCUUCCAAGCAUGUCGUUAUUUUAUUACUGCAUUGUCAAAACCAUCAGAGGUACGCUGUGCACAUUUUCAAGAGUAAACGAAGAGAAAGAUCGUGCAAAUAUAGUGUAUAAAAGUCUGCUUCUGUAAUAAAGCAAGGACUGAAGUCACCGCGUGUCACUAGAAAAACU